UGUGUGGCGGCUCCUGAGUCUCAGACGCCAGAAUGGAAACGCUCCUCGGCGCGCUCACUGGCACACCUUCCUCUCCUCCUCUUCCUCAGCAGCUCCUUCUGAAUUGCGCAGCGGCACUCCGGCAGCAGCAGCAGCACACCGGGAGUCACGAGCAGCAACGUUUGAGAGACAUUUAGAGAGUGAGGAUGAUGAUGAUGAGCUUUGUGUUUCUGAGGAGCAGAGAGAUGAUGGAGUGAAGUUGAAACCUGCUCAGAUGGGAUUUGGAUCCAACUCUUCUUCGUUUGUGGAAUAUGUGACCUGAUGCUGAUUAAUUCAACUAUGACACGUUUUCUCUCGUUUCUCCUCCUGCUGCUGACAGAGGUGAGGCUUUUUGUGUGAGGCUGCUCCAAACUCCAACGCAGAGUCCCUGGACCUGGAAUAAAAAGAGCUCUCGACUUCCCGUUUUUGACAGGCUGCUGAGAAAGACCAAAGACACCCAAAUAACGAUGUAAUAAAAAGGUCUCCUGCACGCAUCGCAGAGUGAAUGGAAACAAACUGCGCCGAGAGGCAUCCAAGUGCGUCAGAGCUGAGCGGAGCGCUGUUACGCAUGGAGACAGCUCGACACUGAGAGGAUUUUUCAGCCCGUCCACGUUUCUUUUUUUAUGACUUGAACUCUGACAAAAGAGGGAAAACUUAUUCUACUCAUCCUCGAACAGAAAAUGAGUAGCUGUCUUCUCAGACUAGCACUCUUCGUGGCUUGCGUCCUCACUAUCCGCUGCACCGCUGCGCCCGGGACCGAGGCGGAGGUGCACACGGCGUCCCAGGAUACCUGCGCGUCCUGCGGCGUGGCUCAGCCGGAGGACCCCGAGUCGGGCCGGCUGAACGUGGACUUCCUGGAGGCGGUGAAGAGGCACAUCCUGAGCAGGCUGCAGAUGCGAGAGAGGCCCAACAUCACUCACCCGGUCUCGAAGGCGGCCAUGGUGACGGCGCUGAGGAAGCUGCACGCCGGGAAGCUGCGAGAGGACGGGAGGGUGGAGAUCCCCAACCUGGACGGACACCCGAUGAGCAACGACGUGCUGGAGGAGAGUUCCGAGAUCAUCAGCUUUGCAGAGAAAGGUGCGUGGCUGAGACGGGCCGCUCACUUCCACACUGUAGAUAUCUGACAAAACCUCAAACUCCUCAAAGUUUCAACUUGUUUCUUAAACUCCUAGUGUGAUUUUAGCCAACAUGACCCACGUUAUUUCAGCCAAAUUAAGACACUCACUCUAACUUCUCUUUCUCUCUGCUGAUCUGAAGAGAAAAUCAGAUGCAGGACUUUAGUCAAGGUGGAUGAUUUUCUCUGACAGAAACUGAAGCAGAGAAACCUUCUACUGUUGUGUAUUUUGGAGGAUAAGAAACAAGAUAAAAAAUCUGGACAGGGACAGUUUUUCCUCCAAAACUUCACAUUUCAUCCUAAAAUAGAAAAACACCCUCUAAUCAUCAUGCAGACUGCAGAGAGGUUUGAAUAUAUCAGUGGAAAAAACCUCAAUCUGAGUCUGAAUCAGGUUUAUUAUUUAACAGCCAAGAAAUCAAAAAAGGACCAUGGAGAGAAAAACACAAGAGAUGUGAAGUCACUAAAACAAGAUGUUGAAAUUCAAAACAAGGAGAGAAAGAAAAAAACAGUCAAAAAAUAAAGACAAAAGUUACGGUUUGAUUAAAAUUAAUAUAAAAACUAAGAGUUUUGGUUUAUUCCAGAUAUUUGGAGUAAAAAAAAAACAAAGGCUGCGUCUCCGUGUUUGGUCCUGACUCUGGGGACAGAAAGCAGACCUGUCGUCACCUGACCUGCUGACCUGAGCGGUCUGAGCGAGACCAUCAGUCAUAGACCUGAACAUGAAACCGUUCAGCAGACGUAUUUUUACAAUCUUUUCUCUGACGGUGUGAAAACCUCCGCACUGGAGCAGUGUGAUCCACUCUCUCUGUCUAAGUUAGCGGUGCUCUGAAUCAGCUGCAGAGAGACCAGUAAAGAAGCUGUUACAGUAAUCAAGUCGACUUAAGAUGAAUGCAUGGAGAAGUUUUUCCAGGUCCUGCAGAGUCCUUAAAUAUUCUUGAGAAUGACUUGAUGUGAUUUUUCAAAUUCCGGUUUAAUUCAGGUCUGAUGGUGUGUGUGUUGUCUGCAGACUUAUGAUGACUUAUUUUGUUAUUUUUAAUAAUCUGAGCCAGUGGAGGGAGGUGGACGUCAAAGAGAAGAGGCCCCAGGAUGGAGCCUUGGGGGACACCACAUGUAAUUUUUGUCUGAAAGUUCCUGAUAGAUACAAAACAGUCCGUCUGUCCUAUAAGUAAGAACACGAUGAAGUGUUCUCAUGUGUCCACCAGGCUGAGGGUUUGACUCCUUAAUAUGAGGCAGGAUAGCUGUUGUUAGCAUGACAUCCAAUAUCCGACCUGAUAUUUGUUUCUUAAAGCUCCAGCAUGAGGACACCAUCCGGCCUCUCUGUGUAAGAGUGUUUGGUUGUCUCUAUAUACUGAGUGAAUGAGAAACAGCGCAGGGAUCAGGCUGAUGUUGAACAGAUGUUGAUACAGGGGCCUGAAAACCUGCCAAAAUAAAAGCAGAAAGGCUGCAGAGCAGCUCCUGCAUCGUUUAGUAAAAGUCACAGGUUUCAGAUCAAGAUAAACUUUGUCUUCCUCUGCACAUUUGUUUCGGUAAUCCCGGGCUGUCGUCGUGAAGUGCUUGUUUCCACUCCAACAGCCUCUUUCAGGUCAGGCAAAUGUCUCUGCUGGUGAUUUGGUCCAAAUUAACAUCUUGUUUGGUUUGUCCUCAGAAUGUUUGGACUGCUUCCUCUUGUACUUUAGAGUCAAAUUAAAACUUGUUCUUUUUUUUUGAGGUGGUGAAAUAUUGACUCUGUUUGUAAAAAGCAGAGGCUCAGGAAAAGGUUGGAUCCAUCCAGCUGAUUAGUUCUGGGAUAAGUUUGAUGUGCUGCGUUCAUGUGCUGGAGAGAAAGUUGGACAUCUGGGGCUCCUGGCCUCUGCCUCAGUGUUGUGUUCACACACUCACACACACUCACACACACACUCACACACACAAAGAUAAAUUUGCGCAGCUUUGCUCGGAGUCGGCGGAGGUUCGCUCCCUGCUGAGAGCCUUUUAGCUUCAGAUGUUUCUCUCUGUGGCCGCUGUGUUGCAGACCUUCCACCUCGGCGCCGUGUGUGUGCCAGUUGGCUGCGUUGCCGGCAGCGAGCGGCUGUCAGCGGGGACAUGGCACGGCUACAAGGCUCAGAGGAGCGCUUUAGUCUGAAAGGAGCUGAAAAUGAUCAACGACACCACCUGCUUCGCCCACGUGUGUCCGGCCGCUGCGUGGAAACAUCUGCUUUCCACAUCAACAAAAGGCUGCUCCAUGUCAGACCUGUUAUUGUGAACCUGUGUGUGUGUGUGUAUGUGUGUGUGUGUCCGAGUAUCAUUUGUCCUGGUUUGUGUGUCUCUAUUGUGUCUUUAUAUGCUGGUUUGUGUGAGUUAUUGAUGUUUUUCUUAACUUGAAGUGUCCAUGUUGGCGUGUGCAAGCAUCCACACUCAGGAUAGUGUGUAUUUGUGUGUAUUUAUGCCUGUGUGUGUGUGUGUGUUGAGUCAGUCCCCUCAGUAUAAGGUCAGAGCUUUUGUGUUGAGCGCCGUGCAGCCUGAAUGCAGAUUGACGGGCUGAAACCCUGCAGCCUGGCACCCUAUUACCAUUCACAGUGUGUGUGUGUGUGUUAGUGUGUGAGUGUAAGUAUCAGUGUGUGCGUGUGUGUGAGUGUAUUGCACAAACGUUAGUCAUGAAUGUGACUUGUGUGUCCAAACUUCUGAGAAAAAUCCAUAAAGUUUAUCUUCCUGACGGGAGCUGUUGUAGUUGUUGUUGUAUUUCCGGACAGCGCGGUCCAGACGUGUCAUGUGGUCAUCUGGACCCAAACUCAUCCUGGAGCAGCUGCGGCGCCGUCAGUUGGACUACCUGGUCAUCUUUAGCAAAGUUUGUCAGUUAGUCUUGAAGGGGAUCGUGAAUCUCCAGACAUGAACCUCCUGUUAUCCAUAAACUCUGACUGAAGAUCCAAAACAGAGAUAGAUAUUUUUGCAAUGAUUCCUCCUCACAGUCGAGGAUGAAAUCUGACGUCUCUGACUUUCUAAUGAUUUGACAAUCUCUCAGUUGUUAACACACCCAACAGAAAGUAAAAGGGAUGUUAUUAAAGGGAUAAUUUAGGGUCAAACACACCGUAACACUAAGUUAGACCCCCCCUCCAGAGAUGAAUGUUGACAACCGCUUGCUUCUCUAGUUAUACUAACUUUAGAAACGACCGCAGGAUAGCAAUACAGAGAGCCAAAACACUACUCUCUUCCAGCAGCCGCUUGUUUGUAGCGAGACCUCGGCCGAGUCCAUCAACUACAGCGGGGUGACGCAGCUCAAGGAAGAACAUUUAUGAUAAUUUCUUUAUCAUUUCCUUGAAGUAAUAAUCAUCAUAUUAAUCAUUUUUCACUGCAGACGCGGUAGUUCUUCUGCCUUAGCGUCUCGGUCUGAUUGUAUUUCCAUGAAGAAAUGAUCAUAAAUGUUCUUCCUUGAGCUGCGUCACCCCGCUGUAGUCCGUAAUGGACUGGCCUGAGGUCUCCAUACAAACAAGCGGCUGCUGGAAGAGGGCAGGUGAGUUGUGUUUAGUCUCUUUGCUAAAGAAAUGAGUCAAAGUUAAAAAGAUGUUUGGUGUCUAGUACUAUGGCUGUGACCCUAUAUGUCCUGUUGAUGAAGUUAGGUCCUGUUCUGAGCAUUAUUUGUGUCUAUAGAGUGGUGUUUUGGUUGAGCGCGUGGCUCUCUGUAUUGCUAUCCUGCGGUCGUUACUAAAGUUGGUAUAACUAGAGAAGGAAGCAGUCGGCAACAUUCAUCUCUGGAGUGGGUGUCUAACUCGUGUUAUGGUGUGUUUGACCCAAACUUAAUUUUACUCCGGAAUAUCCCUUUAAGUCAUGUAAAAUCUGAAUGAAUCAGGCUGGAAAUUUGUGACAUUGUGUGGUUUCCUACAUGGUGCUAAAAUGCAGAAAUGAAAAAGCAGAAAGAAAGAGAAAAACUCGGUCCAGCUGUGUCCACAUCUGAUGGCAUUCUGUCAAAUCACAGAUGACUUUGCUUUUUUUCCCUGAUUUCAUGGUGACAGUGUGGAAGUUCACAGUGAGAAGGAAGAUGAAAACACUUCCUGCAGCCACAUAUUUCUAAUGUUGAGUUUUUAAUAAUAGUAUCAGAGUUAAAAAAAAAACUUCCAUGGUAACGGUAUCAAUAUCAGCCAAUGUGUGGUUUAAAUGAACAUUUUCAUUGUCAAUCACGGUGAAUUUGGCAUCUUCAUGAUGUUGGUCCUCGUCUUGUCUUUACCAUUCAGGGUUGACAACCUUUGUCCGAGGGGUUUUGACCAAUCAGAAUCAAGUUGACGCCUCUGCUGUCCUCUUGUUAUCAUCGUUUAUUCAAAUAUGGCGUGUUACGACUCUGUCUGUCGGUUACUGCUCUGCAUUGUCUCCCUGAGAGUGUUUAUGUGCGCAGACCAAACAUGGUUGUCAUUGUGUCCCGAAGUUCACGUCAGGAAUCCACCGUCUCCUCAUUACCGUUUUCCCACAAUGCAGCUGGUGGUCUGUGACAAAUGAAGUCCCUGUAAAACAACAAUUAACCAUCCUCCUCCUCGACCUCAUUGUACGGCAGCCACUCCCUCAUUCAGGGAGUCAAACAGAGCCGUCCUGCAGGGCGUGUGUUUACAUCCUCAUCACAGAGACGAGUCUUUGAUGGCUUCAGCGUGGAGGAGCGAGGAGUGAGCUUUUUGAGUUUGACUGAAUACGUGGUGACAGACAAACGCGGUCCACCUGUGAGAUCUGCACCUGCAGCUCAACCAGAGCUUUGUUUUCACUCUGAAGGAGGUACUUAACGUUAUCGUUCUUGAUUUGAAUCUCUGCUGGGUGACAGCGGAGAGUUUGUGAUCUGCUGAGUAAUGUCUCAGAGAUUACCUCGUCUCCUGGUGGAUGAGGUAACGCAUGUGAGGGCUCGCUUUGAUAGCAGAUAUCACUGUCAGCCGCCUCCAAAACCCUGGAUAAUUUUACUCAUUUCCAUUUAGUCACAGAGCUGAAAGCACCUGCAGGCGUCUCCUGAAAGCUUUUAUGAUCCUCAGUCGGCUCUCCGCCUCUCUCUGACACACAGGAUACUUUCUGUUAGCCUGAAAAUCUCAAGUUUAUCGGCUGAACACCACGUCCUCCCGCGCUCUGAUUUCCCAUGAACUGUCAGUGUUAAUUUCUCUGUGGUGGCUUCUCUCGGAGUUCAGGAGGUUCACACCUGAUGAAGGGCUCUAAUCUUCUCCACCUGACAGCUGUCAAUCAGCUCCUGCGCCUGCUCUCCUCACAUCGCAGCAGAGAGCUCAGAGAGAUUCAGGGUCUGUAUCUGCAAAGAUGAAGGUAUCUGGUCUGAUCCUGCGGGGAAAUAAGGAGGCCGGUGCAGAGAGGGUUUAUGAGGCCGUCAAGUAUCCUGAGAAACUCUUUCCAUUUCUCAGCUUGAGAUCUAAACUUGUUCCUUCUUUAGUGGAAACACAGGCUUUCAAACAAACACUGGAGCAGACCAGAAAGGAGAAAAACUAAAGAGAAGAAAGGAGAAAGAUGCUGUUCAUCCAUUCUCAGGAUGUGAUAGUCUCGAAUUAAACCGUCUCUGAGUAUUUUCAGUUUGUAAAACUAUCUGAGAACCGGUGAACAUCAGGGAAAUGUUUGUUCCUCCUGAGUUGUCCUCGUCCUCCUGGCUCUGCAACCAGCUCUCAGGCCUCGCUGUGAGGACAGUUAGGCUCCAUAAGAUCUCAUUUUCAGGCAGCAUUCAACCCGAAGCCUUUGAAGCUUUGUGUGCCACACUCUUAAGCUCCCCCUCCUCCUCCUUCUUCUUCUCAUAUUUGAGCCGAGCUGGACGCCAAGUGGCCCUGCGCCCAAAGCCUCGCUGUCACAGUCCACAGGAUCUGUGCUGCCACCCUGAACUGAGGGAGGCCGGGGUCUGUUGUCUUACUCUGAGCUCUUCCCAAGUUCACCUAAAGCACUGACCUCCUGCCCCUCCAGAGAAUAGUCCUCUUUGAGCGGUCUGGUCUGAAAAGAGUUCUGAAGAAGAGCUGACCUCUCUGUUGGUCCUGAGGAUGUUCAGUUCUUGGUGGUUGUCUCUGUCUCAGUUUAAUAAUCUAACCCUCUCUGUGUUUGUUUCUGCUCCUCAGAUGAUCUGGUGACGUCCAAGUCCAGCCUGUUCUUCCAGAUCUCCAAUGAGGGGAACCAGAACCUGUUUGUGACACAGGCCACCCUCUGGCUCUACUUCAAGCUGCAGCCGUCUCCUCUGGAGGUGCGUCCCAGGCGGAAGGUGACGGUGAAGGUGUACUACCAGGAGCCCGGCCUCGGCAGCAAGUGGAACCUGGUGGAGAAACGGGUGGAGCUGAAGCGCAGCGGCUGGCACACCUUCAUGCUGACCGACGCCGUGCGGUUGGUGUUUGAGAAGGGCGACCGGCGGCAGAACCUGGACGUGCGAUGUGAGGGCUGCGAGACGGACGGCGUCGUGCCCAUCCUGCUGAACCACAACGACGAGUCCCACCGGCCUUUCCUGGUGGUUCAGGCCCGGCAGGCUGACAACAAACACCGGAUCCGCAAAAGGGGUCUGGAGUGUGACGGCAGCAGCAGCCUGUGCUGCCGGCAGCAGUUCUACAUAGACUUCCGGCUCAUCGGCUGGAACGACUGGAUCAUCGCGCCGUCCGGUUACUUUGGGAACUAUUGCGAGGGGAACUGUCCGGCCUACAUGGCGGGCGUCCCUGGUUCUGCCUCCUCUUUCCACACAGCCGUGGUGAACCAGUACCGUAUACGAGGCAUGAGCCCGGGCUCCAUGAACUCCUGCUGCAUCCCCACAAAGCUGAGCACCAUGUCCAUGCUCUACUUCGACGACGAGUACAAUAUCGUCAAGCGGGACGUUCCGAACAUGAUCGUGGAGGAGUGCGGCUGUGCUUGAGUCUGUUGUUGUUCCUGUUAAUUUAAGGUGGAAGAACUGAACUGAACCUGACUGUCAACAGAUUCACAAGAUAUUACCGCCACCACCACAAAAAAAAAGAAUAUAAAAGCAGAAUAUUUAUAGACGAUGGAGAAAACAUGCGCACACAACCUCAUCCACACACAUAUCUACACACCUACAUCAUGUAUGCCUGCACAAAACCUGUAUAUAUAUUUAUGUUUGUUGAUAUAUUUGUUUUAUUCUCUGGUGGAAGACUGUUUCUGUCGGGCUCCAUCAGACGGACGUGAAGAGUUCUCUUCCAAACCUUUCAAACAUCCGAUCUCUGAAGUUUCUGCAAAUAAUAAUAUCUCUGAGAUAGUCCGGACUUGGUCCACUAAAGUGUUCAAGACUUACGAAAGCUACUAGCCUUUUAAAGCAGCGUUGUCUGAUGUCUUCUUCUGCUACUCAGUCAGAGCACGAACCUCUAGUAUCUUCUUUGGGAUUAAACUCUUCAUGCGUAGAAAACAAACAGCCUGGAAGGUGAGGACGCCGUCUCCAGAGGAGCCUUACAGGAGUCACAGGGGAGCGUGAGCUGAUCCUCAUACGCCUCCUUCAAGAGCAGCGUGUGUGCAAACACGUGGGACAAGCACUAUAAAUGUUCACACACCGACGUACAGCACUUCAGGCCAGGAGUCACAUCGUAGUAAAACCGCCUCCGAACAGAUAUUCACUCUUGGAUUCAGUCCAGAAAUCCACAGAAACACCAACACAGCUCAGACUGAUCAUCAGUUUCAAUUAAAACCAAGUCCACCUCCAAAAGGACUAUGAAAGUCUGUUAAAGGGGGACCUACAAAUAUAAACAAUCACUCCUGAAACUAAAAAAAAAAAAGAUGAAACUUUGGAGGUUCUAUUUUUGGUGGAAACCGUAGCUCAGAUUUUUCCUGAUGACCUCCGCAGUGUUCGGAUGUUGCAAAGAUAAAAUAAAAGGGUUUCAAAUCAUUUAUCACCGCCCACUGACGUCUGACUACCUUUAAAUGUCCAAUUUGACUCAAAAUUAAUCCGUGUCGCUCAAGUCCAAACAAAGAAACCUGGUUGGCCUCCACUCUUCAGAUUUUGUCUGUUAAAGUAAAAAAAAAACAACUUUCUGUUCAUGUUUGGAUAAUUUUACAAAACGAAUACCACCACCUUCCCCUUUAAGGCGAAGGUCUGACCCCCCACAGAAUCUUCUGUCCCUCUUUGAGUCCGCGAAAGUGAAAAGUUGCCAUAUUGCUCGGUUCAGAGAUGGUGCAGCUUGGCACUUCCCCCCGACGCACACUUUGAAAGCACUUGCAGAUUGAAAUGCCUUUAAUUAGCCCUUCAUCAGUCCUUGGAAAAGAAAUAAGUGCCGCAUGAGCUAUGCAAUGUAUAGUAUUUAGCUGAGAACCAGGCGAGCUGAACCGAAGCUCCUCUGACAAACUAUCACCAAUACUUGAAAUGUAAGAGUGGCGAGCGGAGGCGGGUCGGGCUCAGGCGAGGAGGGGGAAAGAGGCGGCGAGUUCUGACUCUGAUGGAUGAGGUUUAACCCCCAAAAAAGUCAAAGCCUGAAAAACGCAGCGAGUCGUUGACCAAAGCCGCUCUCUCCGUCUGUUUGGUGAUAAAAAUCAAGCGUCUCCUCCAUGUUUGGAUUAUUUAUGACUGAGUGGUUUCGAAAGUAUAUUCUGAGAGAAAUCUUAUCUCUCCCCUGAUCAUAGGCGCUGGAAAUGUUUCUGUUCCAGUCCGACUUUCCAGGUGUUACGUCAUAAAAACCGUAAAUCUCUUGGAGCGUAACUCGAGUUUUUAGGAAAAGAGCGAGGAGAGCGGGGUCGAGCGGCGUCUUUCAGUGGAAAAGAAUCGACUGUUAGAUCGAGUUUUCAGAUCCAGCCUCGGCUGCCUGAAUGCAAUCAUCAGCUGAAACCUCAGAGAUUUAAAAAAGGCUAACUGGGGCUAACUUUGACCCAGAUGGGACGCUCCAAUAGUGGUUUUUUGGCGUCUUAAUGAACGAGUCCCGCUGGAGUUCCCAUCAUGGCCUGUUUGGCACCGAAACACACUUUGAGACAGUUUCAGGUCUCCGUCUCUUUGACAUCACUUUGAUAUUUUCAGGGCGAUCACUUCAGCGACCCGCUCUCUCUCUCUCUCUCUUUCUCUCUCUGCUUCAGUAAAGAGGCUCAGGUACGACAUCUGAUCUCACCGCCUCUUUCCCGCCUUUUCGGUCCGACGCUCCACUUUGACUUCGCCGCCGCUGAAAUCUUUCACUCGCUCGCUCCUGGAAAGCGAGAAGCUUGUUAGAAUAUUUGCACUGAGGAGCUGCGUGACUAGAAAUAAUAAUAAUAAUAAUAAAAAAAGGAGAAAUGAAUAGAAACUGCCAUUGAUAUAAAAAGUUAUUUUUAUAGAAACAAUUUGAGCUCUGUUCAAAUGUAUUAUACCUAAUCAUGGAACCAAAGAGGCCAAGAGGGUUAGCUGUUGAAAGAUGGCGAUGCCGUCCUGUUUUUGUUGUAAAUGACUUUGUGACAGUUCAAGAGGCCUAAACACUGUAUCAGGGUAUAAUAUCACAACAUCAUCAUCAUCAUCAUCGUCAUCAGCAUCUUAAUCUCUUUUCUAUUUUGUACCUAGACAUGGAAUAUUUCAUAUUUUUUCAUCAAAUUACUAAAAUAUUCCUAGUUUUCUUUCUUCUUUUGUUAGCUCUGCUUUCAGAUCCAUUUAGAGUAAAAGCACACGCCAUCUGAUCCCUGUACAGUUGAUGUAACAUAUGAAUAUGCUUUUCAAAUAUUUUGUUCUUUGUUAUUGUUGGAAAUAAAUUUCUUAUUACCAUUUGUA